AUGGAUUGGAAUGGAAACCACUCCUUUGUGACCACAUUUGUUCUCCUGGGUCUCUCAGAUGAAAAAGAGCUGCAGCUCAUCCUCUUUCCAGUAUUCCUAGGGAUCUACUUUGUUACUCUCAUCUGGAACCUGGUUCUCAUCUUCCUAAUCAGGAUGGACUCCCACCUACACACACCCAUGUACUUUUUUCUAAGUUUCCUGUCAUUUAUUGACAUCUGCUAUUCUUCUUCCAUCAGCCCAAGGCUGCUUUCAGACUUCUUAAAAGAUGAAAAAACGAUAUCCUUCCUUGCCUGUGCCACUCAGUAUUUUAUUGUGGCCUCGUUGGGUCUGACUGAGUGCUGCCUCUUGGCCACCAUGGCCUAUGACCGAUAUGUUGCCAUUGGCAGCCCUCUGCAGUACUCAGCCAUCAUGGCUCCUAGCCUCUGUGGGAAGAUGGUUGCUGGGGCCUAUGUGAGUGGUUUUCUUAGUAGUUUAUCUCAAACAGUCUCUUGCUUUCAUCUUUCCUACUGUGGACCAAACAUCAUUCAACAUUUCUUCUGUGACGUGCCUCAGAUCAUUACCUUGUCUUGCUCUGAUCCCUUCAUCUGCCAAAUGUCUCUUCUUCUGGUAGCUAUUUUUAUUGUGUUUGGUUCUUUUCUUGUUAUCCUCUUGUCAUAUGGUUUCAUUGCAGCUUCCAUCUUGAAGAUAUCCUCAGGCAAAGGUAGUGCCAAGGCCUUCAAUACCUGUGCCUCCCACUUGGCAGCUGUGACACUUUUUUUUGGUACGGUCCUCUCUGUGUACAUGCGUCCCAGCUCUCGUCACUCCUUGAAGCAGAACAAGGUGUUGUCAAUGUUCUAUGUCAUUAUCAUCCCCAUGUUUAACCCUCUGAUCUAUAGUCUGAGGAACAAGGAGAUCAAAGAGGCCUUCAAGAGGGCAAUAAAGAGAGCAAUGCAUUAA